UUUCAGAUGGCUUUCCGAAUUCAACAUAGCAAGAAGGCAAUGGAGUUCUUUAUAAAUUUUAAUAACGGAAGCCGUGCAGUGAUGCAAUACUCUGAACUGCCAAAUAGGGUGUUAGAUUUUCACCAUACAGAAACACCGCCGGAUCAGCAAGGAAAAGGAAUAGCAAGAAUGCUCGUUAAGGAAGGCUUCAAAUAUGCUGCCGAAAACAACUACAAAGUGAAGCCGACUUGCUCGUAUGUGGCUAAAUAUGUGCAGGACAUGGCGGAUGAUAAUGAAAGGAAGCUCACUAUAUAGGAACCGACGUAAUUGUUCCCUGUGUAUUGCUACCUCUUACUACCUUUACCGGUUUGGAUCAUUAGAAAGUAAAGUUUAUUAA